AUGUCAGCGGAGGUAGGAGCUGGGAAUCCGGUCGUGGGGCGGGGGUCGUGGCCGCAUACCAGAUUUGACGUGGACCGGGGUCGUACCGGUGGCCCCACGAGCCAGCGGUUCAAGGUCCGGGUGUUGUUGGUUUCGGCGGUGAGCCACCAGGAGCAGGCCCGACGGGAAUGUCGAUUAGCCGAACCCAUCAUGCCUGAUGCUGGCCGCUGGCCGCUGGCGGUGGUGCGCGGUGGCCGGAAUUCUGGUGGCAUUUCAAGUAUGGUUAGCUUGAGGCGGCGUCGACUAUUGGGUCUUUGUUCUGGGAAAGACUCAUUGCCAGUUGAUCUUCCUAAGCCCAUUGAAAAUGAAAAAACUGUGGAAGUUGCACACUCCAAUGUGAAGCCAUUCAGUGUGCAUCCACUGCCCUUGGCAAAGACUUCUGAUGUGCUCACAAAAUCCUCAAAUGGUUCUGAUGAUUCAAAGGAAGAGAAAACCCAGUACUAUCCAGGCAAGGAAAUCAAGCGCAGAAAACGACAUAGAAGAAAGCAGUACGUGGAUCAAGAGCCAUGCAUUAUGAGGGGGGUUUAUUUCAAAAAUAUGAAAUGGCAGGCUGCCAUAAAAGUUGACAAGAAACAGAUUCACUUGGGUACUGUUGGGACACAGGACGAAGCAGCCCGGCUUUAUGAUAGGGCUGCUUUUAUGUGUGGAAGGGAGCCAAACUUUGAGCUUUCUGAGGAAGAGAAGCAGGAACUACGGAAGUACACCUGGGAGGGCUUCUUAGCAGUGACUCGCAACACGAUAACCAGCAAAAAACAAAGGAAAGUUGGGUCGCUAAGGCGUAGCAAGGCAGACCUGUUCAUGGGUCAGAGUGAUGGCGAUACUGAGAUGGCCAAUGGAGGCGGUUCAUCGAAUUCUGAUAAUGGAGACGCAGAGACGUCAGCAUCUUAG